CCUCUUUCUGUCUUAAAGCAGGAUUUCCUGUUCUCAGACAUGUCUUGCCAUGCUUCAGACCAUUAUCACAAUUAAGAGAAAAUAAAUCCUAUUCACAAACAAUAUCGAAGGAGAUUCUGCAUCUAUCACCCAUCUCGGCCAUUACCGCCAUUAUUGCUUAUCACUUGCUUGACGAUGCUUCUACUCCAGCCGUUGAUAGGUCUCUUGCUGAUCAGCCUUGCUCAUGGCGACUGCCCCAUUUUGUUCAGUCCUGUUUAUGUGGUUGUUGAAUAUGGAAAAUCAUUUUCAGUGAACUGCUCCUCCACCGGCGAAACAGACCAGUUCGGCUUGAGUUGGGAAAAAUCUAAUGAAACAAUAGAGAACAAUGAAGACAUCUUCAUAAGUGUGAAUGUGACAGACUGGGAGAGGACGCUAACUUGUUACAUGUACUCUAAUGAAGCACUGUGUUCUCAGAAUCUUCCAGUUACCAUUUACAAGACUCCAGACAAUGUGUCCAUCAGCAUUGUGAAUCACAGAGGACCAAUGAUAGCGGGACAGCAGUAUGAGCUCCAGUGUGAUGUUCACGAUGUGGCUCCUGUUACGGAGCUCGCUGUCAAAUGGUAUAAAGGACAGACUCUGCUGGAUCAAACCACCUUCACUGAGGAUAGCAAGACUCCAGUGAAUGUAAACACCACACUCCUGAUCCGUCCAGACAGAGCUGAUGAUGGAGCUCAAUACAGAUGUGAAGCACAGCUGGAUCUGGGAGAAGAUGGACCUCAAUAUCCUACAAAAUCUUUGGAAGCUCUCAGUGCUGAAGUACACUAUAAACCAAAACACUCCAGUUCAACAGAGACCAUCAUUCAAAAGGAUGUGGUCACGCUAAACUGUACAGUGAAGGCAAACCCGGCUCCUGUGUACAUAUGGUACUCAGAUCAUCUGAAAGAGGAGAUCAGCUCCUCAGUGCUCCAGUCCUCCACACUCAGUCCAGGAAACUACACGUGCAACGCCACAAACUCUCUGGGAACUGACACCAAAGUGUUCAUCAUCAAGUCAGAGCUUCAUCUAUCUGUAGAGAAUCAAUGUCCUGUUCAGCUCAACCCACAAAGAGCUGUUGUGAGAUACAACGGUUCUGUUGCAGUUAACUGUAGCGCUUUAGUCUCACAUAAAGGGAUUGGAUGGGAAGCCAGUGAAGGAGCAGUGCCCAAAACCAGUAACAGUCUGAUCAUAUGGAGAGUGUCACACCUGACAGAAUGGGAUAUACAGCCAUUCUGCUACAUAAACUAUGAGAGACAGUGUCAAGUAGAGCUCCCAGUCAUUAUUUACAAGACUCCAGACAAUGUGUCCAUCAGCAUUGUGAAUCACACAGGACCAAUGAUAGCGGGACGGCAGUAUGAGCUCCAGUGUGAUGUUCACGAUGUGGCUCCUGUUCAGUAUCUCACUGUCAAAUGGUAUAAAGGACAGACUCUGCUGGAUCAAACCACCUUCACUGAAAAUAGCAAGACUCCAGUGAAUGUAAACCCCACACUCCUGAUCCGUCCAGACAGAGAUGAUGAUGGAGCUCAGUACUGGUGUGAAGCACAGCUGGAUCUGGGAGCAGAAGGACCUCAACAUCCUCCAAAAGAAACAUCAGCCCAUAUCAACAUUACUGUAUAUUAUGCUCCAAACAUUCAGUUUUGUAACAGCUGGUCACCAUUGACAGGGACCUCAUUGGAUUCAUAUCCUUUAAACAUAAAUUCUGUUUUGGGUAAUCCUCGUCCAAUCAUCUCCUGGAGACACAAAGCAUCAUCAGUCAAUUCCUCUCUGCCUCUUACCAAAUUUGAUUCUGGCCAAUAUGAAAUCAUUGCCAGUAAUGUCCUUAGUAAUUUCAGUUGUUCUAUAAACAUCACAGUAGAGUAUCCUCCAGAACUGAACUGCAGUGAGAACUACGAAGUAAAAGAAAAAACACUCUUCCAAUUUCCUUGCAUAGCUGAUGGAUCCCCAAAGCCUAAAUUAUCCCUCCGCAAAAACGGAAAUAUUAUCCAGCAUGAAUUGUUUUUCCCCAAUUGGACUCAUAGUGGCCAGUAUCAAGUAAUCGCAGAAAACCAACGUGGAACUAUAAAUUCUACAGUCACCAUCAACAUCCUACAUGACUCUCUCAACUACUUUGCUAUUGUUGCUUUGGUACUGGGACUGCUUGUUUUCUUCCUAAUUUUAGUAGUGAUCGUAUUGCUGCUGAGGAGAAAUAAAAGAGGACAUUAUGAUUUACAGUCAGUGAAGCAGUAUGAAAUGCAACCAUUGGGCAAUGGGGGCCCUGCGUGAGUUUAUCCUGUUUCAAUCAGAUGAAUUAUGCUUAAAUUGAAAAAAGAUAAUAUACUAAGCAUCGUUCAGUUUACAACAAAUAAAUAACAUUCUAUAAAUAUCUGUGGUAUAAUGUGUGAAGUUUAAUAUUGUAUAGCAUGCACUUGUGUAUAUGAUAUGGAAGGUAUUUUUCAGUGACCAAGAAGAAUGUUUGAGAUGAAUAAAAAAAUAUUUAAAAUGUAUUAUCUUGUCACAUGAAAACAAAAUAGUUUUCUGUAUUUUGGUCAUGGUUCUGAUUUAUUAGUGUAAAGAAAAAGGUUUAUUUUGUGUUUAUAGCUGUUUACUUUUUAUUUUUUGAGAGAGAGAAAGAGCUGAUGGAUAAUUUCCAGGCCAGAAGUGUUUUUUUUUUCUGUGUUAAACAAGUUUGACCGUCUGUAUUGGGAGUUAUUUUAAGUAAUCUGCCUGUUUUCUUUUCUUUUUUUAAAUAACUAUAAUAAUGAUGGUGCAAUACAUGAGAAAAAGUCUGCACAAUUAUCAAACUGCAAAAUUUUGAAAUAAAAUAUUUUUAAACA